CAAAAUAAUUACAAUCAGACUUUAAAGAAAUACGUCCAUAAAUAAACGUGUUCUUCAAUAACUUCUGUAAAGAAUCUAACUUUUUCAUUCCAUGGUGGAUUUAAACCCGUCUUGUAUUACAAAUUGAAGGUAUCAUUAAUCGCAUGCACGUGUAUUUAACGAAAUGUAUGCAUAUUGGAUAUUAGAUUAGGGCGUUUACACACGAUGUCAUAUAAUAUAUAUGAAACUUAUCCGUCUUCUUUAACGGCUGAUUAUCAUCAUCAUUGAAAACACGAUUUUGUAAGUUUAACGAUCGUCCAUAGAGUCCUUAAAAAAAAGAAAAAUAGAAAUAAAAAUAAAAAGAAAAAGAUAAGAAAAGAGUAAGAAAGAGAACGGAAAAAUAAGGAAAAAACGUAAAAAAGAGGGCGGAAAAGGAGAAAGAGAGAGAGAAAGAGAAAGAAAAAUAGGAACGUCAAAGAAAAUGGAACACUGUUGAGAGGCACGGCGCCUCACGUCAAUAUAUGUUUUGUUGUGACACACGAUAUACGAUUGAAUAAAUGAAACGGGGCAAUAUAUCGAGAAAUACUACGUUUUCUGCGUGAAAAUGUCAACGGAAACGUCGUUGGGCGACGUGUCUAAUGUCGUCUCGAGGAUACACAAUUUGCGAUUAGGUAACGAAGACGGUGAGGAAGUUCAUAAUGGAAAUAAUGCAGUGGCAGAUGAAUCCACGAAUUCGGCACAAAAUGCACAGUCAAUUGGGACUCUAUCUCGUGCUCGACGUGCACUUAACUUUGUUUGGGACGAAGAACAGCCUACCACUUCUUCUACCUCGCGGGGCCUUGACGUUUCAUCGUCGAACGGUGAUAAACCUCCAACUAAUGCGGCUAAUACAAUUCACAUUGAUGGACAUCCUCAGAAUAAUGUAGCAUUUGAAAAUAGUCAUGGAUCAGCCGUAACUACAUACAAUUGGCAAGGUACAAAAGCUACUAUGCGCGAAAGGAUUGUUUUCCUUUUUAAUAACGAGAUAUUGUCGGAUGUGAGCUUCUUGGUAGGACGGGGAGCUCAACAACAGCGUAUACCAGCUCACAAACUAGUCCUGUCUUCUGGAAGUGCCGUAUUUUAUGCAAUGUUUAACGGAACACUUGCUACAGCUUCUUCAGAAAUAGAAGUACCUGAUGUAGAACCAGCUGCUUUUUUGGCAGUUCUUCUUUUUUUAUAUACAGAUGAGAUACAAAUAGAUCCUGAAACUGUGAUGACGACGUUGUAUACUGCUAAGAAGUAUGCCGUUUCUGCUUUAGAAAAGCACUGUGUCGAUUUUUUGAAGAAUAAUUUAACCAGUGACAAUGCUUUUUUACUUUUAACGCAAGCUCGUUUGUUCGAUGAACCUCAAUUAGCAGCAGUCUGCUUGGAUACUAUCGAUAGAUUUACCACAGAAGCCCUAAAUGCUGAUGGAUUUGUGGAUAUUGAUAUUGAUACGUUAAUGGUUGUUUUGGAAAGAGAUACACUUCGAGUCAGGGAAUCUAAAAUAUUUCAGGCAGUGUUAAGAUGGUCAGAGGCAGAAUGUAUAAGGCAGCAAUUGCCAGUUGUUCCAAAGAAUCAACGUUUGGUUUUAGGCAAUGCUCUUUCUCUAGUUCGUUUUCCUCUUAUGUCCAAAGAGGAAUUUACUGCCGGUCCAGCACAAUCUGGAUUAUUAAAUCAUUCUGAGGUUUUAUCUUUAUUUUGCUAUUUCAUACUGAACCCAAAGCCAACAGUAAGUUUUCAAACUAUGCCACGUUGUUGUAUGACUGGGAAAGAACAGACUGUGUGUAGAUUUCAGCAUACCAAAAGUAAAUGGGGUUACAAUGGAACAAGUGAUCGUAUUCGAUUUAGCGUGGAUAGACGGAUAUUCCUUAUUGGUUAUGGAGUUUAUGGCAGUAUGCAUGGAUCUGCGAUAUACGAAGUAUUAGUUGAGUUAAUACAUACAGCAUCUGGGAAAGUAAUAGCCUCGAAUUCAACAACAUUCAGUUGUGAUGGUUCAAAGUAUACUUAUCGUUUAAUGUUUAAAGAUUUAGCCGAAAUUUUACCAAACACUAUUUAUACAGCAUCUGCAACAUUUAAGGGUCCUUAUUCUCAUUAUGGAACAAAAGGUGUGAAAACGAUAUUGGUUGAUUGCGAUUCUGGAAAUGGAAGAGUAAAAUUUGAUUUUAAUAUCGAAGCUGGUGAUAAUAAUGGAACUUCCGUCGAAGAAGGACAAAUUCCUGAGCUUAUCUUUUACACUUAAGAAAAUACCGUGGACACAAAUAUAACAUUCCUCCCGUUACCUUAUUCAUUGCUCUUUAAUCGAUAAAUUAUUUAUAAAUUAAAUUGUAUAAAGAUAGAUUAUAUUUUGUUUCGAUCGAAAUAUGUUCAUAUUUUACGGAUGUCAAAUAGAGUGAUGUAGUCAGCAUAAAUAGUCCACGAACAUGCCAAAGGAUUAAGCAAUUUUAAAUUUUGUUAUGAACGGUGUCUUCGAUUUAUAUUAAGGGAUGCAGCUUUUGCUUAAGCUUUAUUCUGUUGACAAAUGGUGCUUAGAUCUUUCUGUAUCAUACUGAGCACUGGGAAUGGAAAUUGUGAGUCUUAAGAGGGCCUUAUUACAAAAAGAGACUGAUCUGUGCCACUGAUACACAUUCAAAUGUGAAGUAAAUAUUUUAUCUUUUCAUUAUCUAAUUAAUCAAAAUUCCAUUCUGCAAUCGAUAUCAAUUAUUACAACUGAAGACAAUCUGUCUAUUUUUCUAUCCUUUUGAUUAGUGUAUACUUGAAACAAGAAGAUAAUUAAAUAUUUGAAAAGGAAAAGAAAUAUAAAACAGAAAAAGAGAGAGAGAGAAGUUUUGUUAUUUAAACGAAAUAGCAAUGAAAAACAAUUAUUUUUUUCUCAAUAAAUAUAUAUGUUGAUUAAAAAUAGCUAAUAAAACAACAUAUGCAAUGUAUCUCAAUGCAAAGCAAGAAUAACAGAGCCUAAUGCUUCUGAAAUAUUUUUUAGUAAAAAUUAGUUUUAAGAGGAAUCUCAUAUCGAUUUUGGAAAGUAUGCAAUAUUCUCUAUAUAGACGUAUUUCACAAUCUAAUAUAAAAAAAAAAAAGUUAAUGAAGAAGAACAGUUGUUCAAAAGAAUAGUAAAACAUUAGUGUCUAAGAACUACAACCAUGUUUGAAUAUUCUUCCUUAAGGGUUAAUAAUAUGAAGGAAGAUAUAAUAUAUUCGUCGAUUUCUAAUGUUUUAUUAUUCUUUACGACAAUUGUCUCUGAUUAUGAUAUUGCUCCUAACAUUAUUACAUUUUUUAGUAAAAGAUUGUUCUGAAGUAUCUACACAUUCUUAUUAGAAACAAAAAAAAAUAACAAAGUUAAAACAAUAUAACCCUUUCUAAUCAUAUUAUUUAGUUGCCACUGGAUUUGAAGGAAAAUAUUACAGAAUUUAUGAACUUCUUCCAUUAUUAGAUGAGACAACAAUAUAAAUUUUGAGAUUUGCUUCAAUAUCGAUUGACAAUGCAACCGAGUCAACAAUAUAAAAAUAUCUGCACAAGAAAUAUUAAACUAAUCCUAGCAAUAUUAUUUUUCAUUAGCAUUAUAAUUGCGUGAACAAUAAUUUGUAAUUAAAAUUCAAUUGUAUUUAUAGAACAGAAAUGCACAUAUAAUGUUAAGUACUGAAAUAAAGUAUUUGUUCAAUGA